UGACUUAACGACAAUUCUUUUUCCUCUCACGCAGGUAUGGCGACAUGGUACCAAAAACCAUCGCAGGUAAGAUUUUCGGGUCUAUCUGCUCACUGAGCGGAGUCUUGGUCAUCGCGCUACCCGUGCCUGUGAUCGUGUCUAACUUCAGUCGGAUCUACCACCAAAACCAACGAGCAGACAAACGAAGGGCACAGAAGAAAGCGAGGUUGGCCAGGAUCCGGGCAGCCAAAAGUGGGAGUGCAAAUGCCUACAUGCAGAGCAAGCGGAAUGGGUUACUGAGCAACCAGCUGCAGUCCUCGGAGGAUGAACCGGCCUUCGUUAGCAAAUCUGGAUCCAGCUUCGAGACACAACACCACCACCUGCUUCACUGCCUGGAGAAAACCACGAACCAUGAGUUUGUGGAUGAACAAGUCUUUGAAGAAAGCUGCAUGGAAGUGGCCACUGUCAAUCGCCCUUCAAGUCACAGCCCCUCCCUCUCUUCCCAACAAGGCGUCACCAGCACUUGCUGCUCACGGCGACACAAAAAGACUUUCCGCAUCCCAAAUGCCAAUGUGUCCGGAAGUCAUAGAGGCAGCGUGCAAGAACUCAGUACAAUUCAGAUCAGAUGUGUGGAGAGAACUCCACUAUCCAACAGCCGAUCCAGCUUAAAUGCCAAAAUGGAAGAGUGUGUCAAACUAAACUGUGAACAACCUUACGUGACCACAGCAAUAAUUAGCAUUCCAACACCUCCAGUAACCACCCCGGAAGGCGACGACAGGCCCGAGUCUCCUGAGUACUCGGGAGGAAACAUCGUCAGGGUGUCUGCUUUGUAAGACAAUUGGCACAGGUCUGAGAGCGUAGGAGCCCUGACUAUGGAAAGAAUCUAAAGGAGAAGAAAGAAGAAAUAACAACCCCUUUUUGCAUAUUAAGACAGCCAAGCAAGAAGGUUGGCGAUGAGACAAAAAAAAAAUAAAAUAAAAAUGAAGACGUCAGAGAUGAAGAUGUGAAUCAAACCACCGAAAGGCAUUUCUAGACAGCGUUCGACCGGACCACAGAGGGUGACACUGUGGCCCUUUGACUUUGUGAAUGAGCACAAUGAAAUGCCAUCUGUUGAUGCCUCUUAUGAUCAGAACUCUUUUUUAAUAAAACAAAUAAAAUGAAUCUUUGGACAUAAUGUGCCAGUUGAAUGCAAAACAAAAAAAAAUAUGGAAAACAUUUUGAUAAAAAUUUUUCCUGUUGACAACCAUGAACAUUGGCUCUGGUGAAGACUACUGUCGAUGAGAAAACUCACAGGAUCCAUUUGUGUGGACUGAAGGAAACCAUCCCAAUGCAUGCUAGAAUUCUUUGGAGCAGUGAUCUCAGUUUCCUUAUGUUGUCUUCAGAAUAGGCAUGACAAACUCUACCUAUAGAAAGGGGAAAUUUCUGUGCACUUACAAUGAGCUGACUGCCCAGGUUCUAUGGUUGGGCUGUGCAAAUAAACUCCUUUUAGCACCGCAGUGUUUCUCAUGGGGAUGCACACUAGUAAAAUCUAAAGUGUUCGGAUAGUUCAGUAUUAAUUAUUGUUUAACCUUGCACCUGGUCAUUGUUAUAACUGCAAUAAUUCAUUCUAUAUCUGUUGUAUCAGGAAUCAGGAUUUUCUUUCGUAUCCAUAGAUUCAUAGAUACAGUUAGAGCCACAUUCACAGACACAUUCCUGCUGUGGCCGGGUUUUAGGUGACUUCUUAAUCCGAAACUAUUGUGUCAUAAAUGUUUUUUGGUAGUAUUCUUUGGUCCACUGUAUUCCUGUGACCCAGUGCAUUAUCUGUCCCUGGAUCUCUCUAGUGUCUUUCUACUGGGCUUACCCAUUAAUGACAGGAUUAGUGUUUACUGUAGUUAUAAAACAAAAGAUUCCUGCCUUUGUAUCUCCCAACCAGAUGUUACAAAAAGACUGUCAUCAAUCCCCUUGAUAAAAACUAGAGUAAAGGAGUUGACAUGAAAUAUCUCUAGUGUUUUCACUACUUAUAGAAAAUCCAGACCCUGCAAACACCCAUAUGGGUUUUGGAAAGGAGUUAAAUGGUACUUUUAAAAAAAAAAUCACAGGAUGGGUGAUUUCAGAAUCUAAUUCAAUGUAUUAUUUUGCUUCAGAUCUUCAAUACAUUUUGAGAUCAACUGAAAUGCAGAGGUAAACUGAAGUGCUUUGUGUAGCAAUAUUUGAUGAGAGCAUGCUUUUAAUGACAUCCAAGGAAGCAACAAUGUAUCUUAAAAGAGUCUAGUGUAUCACAAGGCACAAAGUUCUCUGCAAAAAAUCAAGAAGAAGGAGUGUGAUGAAGUGAAGUUGACCACGAUGUACAUUUAAGUGAAAAGUCUUGCUACCUUUUCACCCUUGAAUAUCCGCAGAUGUGUCUGCACGUGACGGUGUAAAAAUAAAAGUAAAAAAAAAAAAACAAAGUUUUAUGUCGAAUGAAAAGUUUUGUUCAUUCCAAGCCACCACUGUAAGAACGAAAGCUUAGUUUACAUGAAAAAGAGUUAAUAAUCAGUCCUCUGUCAUAGAGAUUUUGAAAUGCUUAUCACAAUUUACCAUAAAAAAAGAAUUAAUCCAAAUAUUUUCAGGUAAAGCCAGAAAUGGUCACUUCCCGUUUAUAGAAUAGCUUCUAGGCCAGUGCUAGGCACACAGUAGCUGUUCAUCAAAGCUGAGUGACAGGAAGAAACACUCAGCUGACCCUCGGGAAGAUCUGGCUUUAUUCCUAGUGUGUCUUUGAAAAGUUACUAAUAUUCCUGCGGCGUGAAUAUUAACAAUUCUAUUAACACCUGCCUGUUGUCACUUUAUGCUUCUAGAGCAAAUGUAUAGUGAAACUUCUUUGAUGGCAAGUAUUGAAAAAAAAUCUUUUAAAAUAAGUACAAUCAGGAACAUUUAACAUCUUUUGAUUCCCAAUAAGAAAUUCUAUUUUCACCGUUCUUAAUAGGACAUAAAACAACAUAGACUUAGCUUAUUUUUGGUUGAUAAUUAUUCUUCCUGUUUUGGUUUGCCGUUUAUCACAAAUGAUUAGUUUCUUCAGAUUUUCAGAAAUGAAAUUUUAAAAAAAAAUCUUUUGGAUGUUUUAGGUGAUUUAAAAAAUAUACUGUGUUGGUGGUGACUGACUAUUGAUGACUGUGUUAAGUGCAACUGUACUGUAAGUGAAAUGUAAUUAUUUCUGUGUAUCAUAUGGAGUAACUAAGGUCAUUGUUUUUUGACAAUUUUGUUUGAAAUUCAUAUAUCUUAUUUCAAAGGAUAGCAUAAUAUCGGCAUUAUGCUGGAAAAAAAUAGACCUUUGGAGAAUACUUAAAUAAACAUGUGCAUGCUUGAACAGGACAA